GACAGGUGAAGGACCCACCUUGGGGUCUUCAGGACCACCUUGGACAGGUACCCCCACCAUGGAGGAGCCGCCCGCCGCCUUCUCCUCUUGGGACGACACCUGGAACGACACCUGGAGCGACACCUGGAGCGACACCUGGAACGACACCUGGAACGACACCUGGAGCGACCUCUAUGAGGAUCUGGGCGCGGCCGAGAUCCCGCUGGGCCACCGCUUCGUGCUGGCGCUCUACGCCGUCAUCUUCCUGCUGGGCGUGCUGGGCAACGGCGCCGUGCUCUGGGUGACGGCGGCCGAGCUGCGCCGCACGGUCAACGGCGUCUGGUUCUCCCACCUGGCCCUGGCCGACCUCCUCAGCUGCCUGGCCCUGCCCUUCCUGGCCUUGCCGCUGACCGCCGACCACCACUGGCCCUUGGGCCGCGCGGCCUGCAAGCUGCUGCCCUCGCUGACCGUGCUGGCCAUGUUCGCCAGCGUCCUGCUGCUGACGGCCAUCAGCGCCGACCGCUGCGCCCUGGUCACGCGGCCGGUGUGGUGCCACAACCGCCGCACGCCCGCGCUGGCCGCCGCCGCCUGCGCCGCCGCUUGGGCGGCCGCCGCGCUGCUGACCGUCCCCUCCUUCGUCUUCCGCACCGUCCGGCUCGACCCCUUCUCGGCCAAGGCCACCUGCGUGCUGUCCUACGGCGCCGUCCGGCCGCACCAGCGCGGCGCCGAGCUGGGCACCGCCGUCGUCCGCUUCCUCUGCGGCUUCCUGGGGCCCUUCGCGGUCAUCUCGGGCUGCUACGGCCGCCUCUUGAGCCGCGUCCGGGCGCGCGGCUUGGGCCGGUCGCAGAGGGCCACCAGGACGGUGCUGGUGGUCAUCGUCAGCUUCUUCGCGUGUUGGCUGCCCUACCACGUGGUGGGGCUGGUGCUGGCGGCCAGCGCGCCGCACACCGCGGCCUUCCGCGGCGCCCAGGCCGCCGACCCCGCGGUGGCCGGGCUGGCCUACGUCAACGGUUGCGUCAACCCCAUCAUCUACCUGGUGAUGGGGCGGGGCCUGGGCCAGGUGAGGCGCUCGUGGCGGGCGCUGCUCAAGGGGGUGCUCAGCGAUGACCCCACCAGCGUGGCCGGGAACGGCCGGGCUCGGAGCGCGGCCACCACCGAGGAGGGCACUGAGGGCACGGUGGUGUGAGGGGUGGUGGUCGUGG